AUGAUUGUAGCACUAGCAGCUUGCCUUUUCCAUUUUUUAAGUAUUUCAUCUAACGCUACGCAUCCACAAACAAAUGUUCCAUUUCUUUUUGAGCAUCCACACAAACAAACAAAGAAGUACUUCAUCUACGCGCUUAGCGGUGUUUUUUUUUCUAUCUUCAACUCUGUUUUGGACUUUUUGAUUUUUGAUUGUGAAGGAGCUGCACCUGUGGCUGUACCGCAUUGCUUUGCAUGUAUGUUUUUGAAGAAUUACGACUUUUGCAUGCGACUUUCCCAAUUACCAUCUGACAAGCAGGAGAACGAGGUCUGCAUCCUGCAAGCAGUUCGCGGCUUGAUUAUUGUGUCGUUGCAUCCAGCCCGGGAGCGAUUGGACCAGUCAGAAGGAUCGCUCGCACUGCAUCACGGGCUCGUCCCUUCACAUGGCGGAAAGGGCUGGGCGCGGAGAAGCGAAUAGGGAAGAGGGCAUAUAAUCAUGCAAAACGCACAAAGACAAAAUAAAGCCAGGAAAUAAAACACCGCAUAGGUGGGGGCUCUACCGCCUUCACCUCGGGUACUAUUUUACCUUCAAUCGCUAUGUUUUUUUCUCGUAUUUUCGGUGCAAGAAACGUACAUCUUCAUGGAGGAGGCAAAGAAGUCGUAUAUCUGCAGGAAAGGGCGUCGUCUCUUGCAGUGCAAAUUUACUUGUGUGGUGCAGAGCAAUAAACCAGGAAGUUAAUAUAACGACUAAGAACAGCGAUGUAGUUGCACAUAAUUGAUCAUUUUGUUUUGCUUUACGGUCCUUGUCCUGCUGCAAAAAUCUCUCUUCAUCCUCUGCAUCGCAGGAGCAAGUGCAAGAAGAAUCUGUGCCAGGAAAAAAGAGCAAUAGAUACUCUUUACUAGCGGCGGC